AUGAAGUCUCUCUCCGUCCUCCUCCUCACCCUGGCGUCCACCGCCGUUGCCGUUCCCGCAAACAAAUACCUCCCCGUCAUCACGCCGACCCCCGUCGUGGCUCGUCACGUCCCAGCCGUCGCGGUAAUACAUCCCUCUCCUCCUUUUCCUCCUCCUCCUCCUCCUCUUCCUCAUCCCCUCCAUCUCCCUGGCUUCAAUCGCCUCUCUCACGACAACGACAACAACAACAACAACAGCACUAACACUGACAACAACAAGUCUGCCCCCGCUGCUCCUGCCAACGACGAUGGAACGACGUGCGAGCAAAUCACCCUCGGUGGCAACGGCAAAGUUGGCAAGACCACCCUCGAGGGAAAGUGCACCAACAACAAGGGCGAGUGGUGGAAGACGAGCAUCAACCUGAAUGAGUGCAUCACCAACGUGGGCGGCAAGUUGCAGUAUCUGCCCGAUGGUGGCUUCGAUGCCUCGUGCAGGCCGUGCACCAUCGACACCGUCCCCGGCGGCGCGGAAAUCAACCUCAAGUGCAACUGCCUCGACUGGAAGCGCAUUCCCAAGUUUACUUACCUGGAGAUGGGCGACCGCGUUGAUACUUCGGGGGCUGUCAAGCUGGUUGAUGGGCGCUUUGUCUGCGGUGACCGCACUGGUGACAAGAGCCCCCUCUUGUAG